AUGGCCAACAUCAACGAGACGGUCCUCAUUACCGGCGGCUCAGGCUUCAUCGCAUCACACUGCAUUCUUCUCGCCCUCCAGAAAGGCUACCAGGUCCGCACGACUGUCCGCGACCUCACGCGUACCGACCAUGUCAAAAAGGCCCUCGAAACGGGCGGCGCAACCCAGGAACAAAUUGCCAGCAUCAAGUUCUUCGCCGUCGACCUCGGCUCCGAUGACAAUUGGUCGGAAGCAUGCAGAGACUGCACCUACAUGUUGCACGUCGCGUCGCCUUUUCCACCAAGCGUGCCCAAACAUGAAGACGAGCUGAUCGUUCCUGCAAAAGAAGGCACUCUACGCGCAUUAAGGUUCGGCAAAGAAGCAGGGUCCGUGAAGAGAGUGGUGGUUACGAGCUCCUACGCUGCGAUAGGUUACGGACACGCGAGCCAGAGCAAGCCAUACACUGAGGACGACUGGUCAGUCAUUGAUGGGUCGAAGGGAGUGAAAGUUCCGCCAUAUCAAAAGAGCAAGACGAUUGCGGAGAAAGCUGCUUGGGAUUGGAUCGCAAAGGAAGGAGGCAGUAUGGACCUGGCGGUCGUGAACCCCGUGGGCGUGUUUGGGCCUGUUCUGAGUGGAGAUUUCGCAGCAAGCGUGCAGGUCGUCUCCCGUCUGCUCAACGGCGAAAUCCCUGCAUGUCCUAAUCUCGCCAUUGGCGCCGUCGACGUACGGGACGUCGCAGACCUGCAUCUGCGUGCAAUGACCGACCCCAAGGCCGCCGGGCAGAGAUAUCUGGCUUGUGCAGACAGCGGUCCCGGUAUUUCUAUGAAGGAGAUAGCACACGUCCUGAAGAAGAAUCUUCCUGGGAAGGAAAGUCGGAGAGUUACGACCAGGACGGCACCGAACUUCCUGGUGAAACUCAUGGGCUUGUUCGAUCCGGCUAUUGGGCUAAUCGUGCCGGAGCUGGGUGUAGUCGUGAAGGCUUCGAAUGAGAAGGCCAAGACCCAAUUGGGCUGGUCACCAAGGAGCCAAGAGGACGCGAUCGUCGCUUCUGGCAAGAGCUUGAUCGAGUGCGGUGUUGUCAAGAAGUAA